GUAUUGAGCCAGGUCAGACAACACCUGAUAAAAUGUUUACACUAACAGAAGUGGAAUGUCUUGGGGCUUGUGUCAAUGCGCCUAUGAUGCAGAUCAAUGAUGAUUAUUAUGAAGAUUUAACAACUGAAGAUACAAUUCGUAUUCUUGAAGAACUGAAAGCUGGGAAAAAACCAAAACCUGGGCCACA